UCUUCUAAUUCAAUUUUUGUACACAGUUAAUGUUCACAGCAGGAACACACACAUCCUGGCUUACCAUGGAAUGGGCAGUGUCACUUCUCUUGAAUCAUCCAGAGGCAUUGCAAAAGGCGAGAACUGAGAUAGACAACCAUGUCGGAACAGGGCAACUUCUAGAGGACUCUGAUCUCUCUAAACUACGUUAUCUCCAUUGCAUCAUCAAUGAGACACUCAGGCUAUUCCCAGUUGGACCUCUUCUUCUACCCCAUUUUUCAUCAGAAGAUUGUGUUGUAGACGGAUUCAACAUUCCACGAGGAACAACGCUGUUGGUGAACGCUUGGGCCAUUCACAGGGAUCCCAAUUCGUGGGAUGAGCCUACCCGGUUCAAGCCAGAGAGGUUUGAAGGGGUUGAAGGGGCACGCGAAGGUUUCAAGUUUAUCCCAUUUGGAGUGGGGAGAAGA